AUGACUUCCAACGCCAACGUCAACAAGCCCACAAACACCGAGGUGAAGGAGGCCGACGUCAACCGAAAGCUUCAGCUCUAUGGAAUUGCCUCUGCUUUCCAGAAUGGCAAGAUUCCUUCGAACGAUCAAAUCGACGUCGCCCUAAGCAGCUUCCUUGCCUCUCGAGCCCUCUCGAGCCCUCACGAAAAGCUCUCCGAGGAAGGCAAGACUCUUGUCAAGGAUGCGCGCGAUGUUAUUCAGCAGGCCAAGUACCUUCUUCUGUCCAAGAACGAGGGCAACUUGAUUCAGGACUUUAUCUGGCAGACUACUCAGUUUGACGCCAAGAGUGUUAACACUCCCAACGCUCCCAUCAGCAAGGAUGCUGCCAAGAAGGACGGCGAUGAGGCUCUCCAGGGCCUGAGGACUCUUGGAACUCUUCUGAUCACCAACGGCCAGUUCCGAAAGCUUCUCCAGGAUUCAACUAUUCUCCUGCGCGACAUGGCUGGCGAUGCCGCUACAAACGCCGCUGCCCGUGUCCGUCCCUCGGAUGAGCAGCUCCGACAGAUUGACGAGCCUGCUCAGGACAAUGUCUGGCAUGAGGCUCCCGACUUCUCCAAGGAGAACUUCAAGCAGCAGGCCAAGGGUUUCUACAGCGGAAACCCCAAGGAGGAUGCCAAGGACACUGCUGCCGCCGGUCUCAAUGCCGCCGUUCCCCAGCAGGAACAGCAGGGCACUUACACUCAGGUCACUGACGGCCCUACUACCCUCGCCGGUGCCCGCGAGGUUGGCCAGAACGUUGAUCCUCAGGCUGGAAAGAGUACUGCUAAGCAGGCUGCUGAGGACAAGCUCGAUAACAAGGUCGACCCCGAGACUAAGCAGAACAUUCUUCAGCGCAACGAGGAGUAUCGCCGCCGCGCCCGUGAGUACUUCGACAAGAAGAUGCCCCAGGAGCGCAAGGACCAGAUCAUCUGGCGCCUCAAGAAGAUGAUUCUUGAGUGCCAGCAGCACGAGGACUACUCCCAGGCCAUCCAGACUCUCCUCCGUCUGGCUGAGACCUACGGCAAGCACGGCCGCACCUACGGUGAGGGAUCCGCUGAUACCGCCAAGGAGGCCCGAUCCGGGUUCUCUGCCGCCGAGUAUGACUUGCGCACUAUCAUUGAGCGAUUUGCCAACGGUACCUCGACUGAGGAUCUUUGGGACUCGAUCGGCCAGAUCUACCGUGAUGCCGACAACGACCGGGAGCUCAAGGACUGGUUCAAGGCCAUGAACUCUUACAUCCGCCGUUGCCUGCUUCAGCAGGGCUACAUCCUGGAGGAUGAGUCUACUCGCGAGUGGGAUCAACUCUAUGACCAGGGCCGAUUCCUUCUCCGCGACAAGUACCGUGGUCACACCGACCGUGUCGUCGAUGAGAUCAAGUUCCUUGCCGAUCAGUUCGAUCAGGACGCCCAGAACCAUGCUUUCGCCCACUCUCUUCAGAAGCUCUUCAAGGAUCUUGGCAACGAUGUUGACGGCAAGCCAGUCUUCAAGCCUCAUCUUGUUAAGGAUCUGAGGGAUGUCAUUCUCCCGGCUGUCUUUGAGAACAUUGCCUACAUUCCCAUUCCUCGCAUCGAGUACACCGACCCUCAGUUCGAUGCCAUCAUUGAGAACCUGGUUCUGGAGAGUGACAACUUUGCGCCCAACGUCUUUGAGCUCUCGAGCGAGCACUACUUCCGCUGGGGCCGCAAGAAGAUUGCCAACAAGAACCAUCAGACCAUCGAGGUCAAGGUGGCCGGCAUCCAGAUGGAUCUGCGCGACGUCAGCUUCCACGUCAAGCGCAAGAAGGGCUUCCCUUCCAUCACCGACACUGGUGUUGCCGACAUCAUCCUGCCUGGCGAUGGCUUCUCCUUCAAGAUGAAGGUGUCUACCGCUGAAAAGAAGGAUCGCCAGAACUACUUCAAGGUUGACAAAGUUGACGUCGACUUUAAGAAGCUCCAGAUCAAGAUCAAGAAGUCAAGCCACAAGCUCCUCUUCGCCCUGGUCAAGCCGCUCAUGCUCAAGGCCAUCCGCCCUCCUCUGCAGAAGGCAGUUGAGAAGGCCAUCAAGGAUCAGUGUAACAAGCUCGAUGCCUUAAUGUACCAGAUCAAGCAGGAGGCGGAGCGCGCCGCCGCUGAGGCCAAGAGCGAUCCUGAGAAUGCCCCCAACAUCUACAACCGCUACUACACUGCCGCCCAGCAGCAGCUGGCCAAGGGCAAGAAGAAGGCCGACGAGGCUACCCAGGACAAGAAGGCCAACAUCGCCAUGACCAAGGAGGACAGCAUCUUCCCCGACAUCUCCCUCCCUGGUGGCAUCAGCACCAAGGCCACCGAGUACAGGGAGCUUGCCCGCAAGGGUGACAAGUGGGAGAGCCCUGUCUUCUCCAUCGGUUCUGCCAAGAAGAGCACCGACAUUCCUCCUGCGCCCAAGAUCCAGCGCAAGGCUCAUCCCGUUUCUGACCUCGGUCCCCGAACCACUGACACUGGAAACGGCUCUUACCUCCCCGGCAAUGGCCACCAGGCGGGCAACGGUCACAGCCACGGUAACGGUAACGGUGCUUUGAACGGCAAGAACCUCAAUGGCAACGGCAAUGGUUAUCACCUGAACGGCAACGGCAAGCACUCGCACACUGGCAACGGCUACGGUCUCGGAAAUGGCCACACCGCGUACGGUGGUCAGGCCCUGCCUACUGGCCAGCCCAUCAGCACGAUCUAG